AUGCCUGCAGAUGAUGCCAUAGCUAUCUCUGGGGAAAGCAGACGAGUACAUUGUUACUGUAAACCACCUAAAGAGAUACCAGAGAUCGAUCAUAGGCAUCCACGAUACCGGACGACAGAAGAUAGGCGUACUUUCUGGCGGUGGACGACAGAAGAUAGGCGUACUUUCUGGCGGUGGACAGAAGAAAUAAAUGCUCUCAGGCGGCGGAGAGAAGAAACACAUGCUACCAGGCCCUUGACGACAGAAGAAAGGGAAGCUUUCAGGCGGUGGACAGAAAAGCGUUUCGCGCAGUGGAUAGAAGAAAGAGAUGCUAUCAGACGGUCUAUCUACAGGAAAAAUAUCGUUCAUCAAUCCGCCUCUACUCAUUCACGAUAUUGCAACAAAUGCAUGGGCAUCGACUUUGACAAGAUUGGCCCGUUUGGCCCUCCGAACCAAGGAAGAAGGAUUGCCUGGGCCAACAUGGAUACAUGUCCUAUGUGUGCAUUUUUCCAUGCUUUUAACGUUCGCCAAGGUUUCGGCCUCUCAAACAGAACAAGUCUCGUAUUGUUCAAAGACCCGUUCAACGGUUGGAAUACCAUGGAUUUCGUCGGCCCCCGACCUAACUAUAAUUCGUUCGACACUGGCCCUCCCGUUUCUAUUCAGCCCGCCCUCGCCAGAUUUCCGGGCUCUCCCCACCUGGACGAGAUCUAUCAAAAGAGGAGGGUAUACCCACGCCUGAAAAACUAUAGGUUCAUUGCGGACUGGCUUGAUGGCUGUGCCAGGUUCCACGGAAACAAUUGCCUCGACAGCCUCCCAAGCUUCGAUCUUAUCCCAGGGCUUCGGUUCAUCGACUGUAUGGCCCGACGUAUCAUACCGGCCUCCGAAGCUGUUGGCAAAGUGUACGUGACACUAAGUUAUGUAUGGGGGCAAUCUUCAGGCAGCACAGACGAGAGGGUCGAGGAGGCUGGUUCGGUUUCAUCGCUUCCCAUUCAUCUACCCAAGGUCGUGGAGGAUUCCGUCAAAGUAGUCAAAGAACUGGGAUUCAGGUACCUGUGGGUGGACAGAUAUUGUAUCCCACAGCGCAACAAGCAAGCAAAGCACAUCCAGAUUCAGCUUAUGGGCACAAUUUACGCCCGUUCAGCGAUGACUAUAAUUGCGGCAGCUGGGCAAGACGCGGAGUACGGGCUACCGGGAGUCGGCUCGAGAGGACGCAAUUUGCAACCGUGGGUCAAGCAUAGUGCUUGCCCCCUAUCGCUGAUGCUGCAUACCGAGCCAGGCAAUGAUAUCAGAGCUUCGUCGUGGAGCACUCGAGGUUGGACAUACCAAGAAGCCUUGCUUUCCAAGCGGCGACUUGUCUUUACCGACAACCAAGUGUUCUUCCAAUGUCAGUCCAUGACUUGUGAAGAAAGUCAGGCUCCAUCAACACACCGACGAAUUUUGACUUCCAGGGACCCGGUCUUUCCAAAGCCUGCCGAUUUCAAGGACGCGAGUACCGUCUGGGAUCGAAUCACCGAGUUUUUGGAGCGGAACCUCUCGUUCGAACGUGAUGCUUUAGAUGCAAUCAGCGGCAUCUUCAACAUGUAUCGGACAGAGAAUAGCCAAGAAAGCGAUGUUGCCUUUUUGUGUGGCUUGCCUUUGGUUUCCCAAACUUCCGUGCAUCAACCGGGUGAUGUGAGAACAAGAGUUGAUGGCGAAAUCAACCAGAAGCAUAAGAGCUUCUGCGAACCGAGCGUUCUCACCCGAAGUCUCUUAUGGGCCGGAGAGUGGGAUCUCAGACCCAUCGACACGCCAAAGGUUGGGUUCUCGUCGAAAAGGUUAAUACGACCACGGAGGAGUGGCUUCCCAAGCUGGUCAUGGGUUGGAUGGAAAAGCACCUACGGGCGUGUGCUGAAAGUGAGCAACCCAUACGGUAACUCUCAGUUUACGAAAUGUGCUGUCCGCGCAGUGUAUGAGGACCACCAGAGGGACCUGGACUGGGAGAAAGAUGCAGGAAGAAUUCUCGAGAACUCGGCCCUCGGCUUGAACCCGAAGUUUCUGGAUAUUAAGGGAACGUGUUUCGACGUUACGGUUUCUCUUGCAGGGGCAGGUUUGCCUUGGGUGUAUGCUGACCCGCGGUUCUGCUCUCCUAUUAGGUGGUGUAUUCCUUUUCAGAACAUCCCAGCGAAUAUACUAGCAGCGCUCAAGGGAAGGGAACACAAAUUUGUCGCCCUGCUCCUUGCAAAGACGGUAGACUCCCUGAACAAGACGGUCUCAGCCGGGUUCCUCUUGCUUCAGCCGGUUGAGCACAGUGGUGGAAAAUGGAUAUAUGAGCGCGUGACAUCUUGUUGCGAGACUUUCACUGUCGAUCCACGGUGGAGGCGGGUAGCGGGGGGACAAUUUGAGGACGUGCUCGAGGAGCGAGAGUUGCGCCUACGUUGA